UUCAGCGAGCGAGACUGGCUUGCGUUUUACAAGUCUGAACAUUCUGCUUGCUGUCUGUGUAACCAAACAACUCACGCUUAAGUCUCAAUUGUAGUUUUUUAAAACUUUUUAAUUUACUUUUUUAUUUUAUUUGUAGGCUGACUAAAAAUGAAUCUCAAUUUACCCCUGUCGUCGGAGCACAACGCCUCCCGCAACUUUCAGUUAAUAACACGGGACUUCCAUCUCUCUGGCUAUUCUGAAACCAAUGUCUCAUCACCACUCAGCUCAAAUAACACGACUGGGAAGCAGGAGGACGACCUAGACGUUAAUACGGACAUUUACUCCAAAGUCGUGGUCACCGUGAUCUACAUCGGUCUCUUUUUAGUAGGGUGCCUGGGCAACUCCAUCACGGUGUACACGUUAGUUCAGAAGAAGACUUUGCAGAACUUGCAAAGCACCGUGCACUACCACCUGGCGAGCCUGGCGGUCUCCGACCUCCUCAUUCUGGUGCUGUGCAUGCCAAUCGAACUCUAUAACUUCAUCUGGGUUCACAACCCGUGGGCAUUCGGCAACGCCGUGUGCAAGGGCUAUUACUUUUUGAGAGACGCGUGCACCUAUGCCACCGCUUUCAACAUUGCCAGCCUCAGCGUGGAGAGGUUCAUGGCGAUAUGCCAUCCUUUCAAAGCGAAGAGCAUCAUGUCCAGAAGCAGGACCAAGAAGCUGAUUAGUGCUAUCUGGGUAGCUUCUUUCCUGCUGGCCACCCCCAUGCUUUUCAUCAUGGGGCAGAUCUAUGUCACAGAGGUUAAAAUCUGCACCACAAUCGUGGACCAGUCGAUGGCAAAGACCGUUCUACAGGUUAAUGCCUUCCUUUCGUUCGUAUUCCCCAUGGUGGUGAUCUCUGUGCUGAACACCGUUAUCGCCAAUCAGCUCAUACAGAUGUUUAAACAGGCUGCCCAGGACAGCAGGGUCUGCACCAUUGGAGAACAUCCCACAAUGCUGAGCGUCUCUGUGGAGUCCAGCCGUGUGCAGUCUCUUAGACAUGGGGUCAAAGUCUUACGGGCUGUUGUGGUCGCCUUUGUGGUCUGCUGGCUUCCAUAUCACAUUCGACGCCUCAUGUACUGCUACGUGACCGACUGGACAGACUUUCUUUUUGAUUUCUACCACUACUUCUACAUGGUGACCAACGUCCUGUUCUACGUGAGCUCCACAGUCAACCCUGUCCUCUAUAACCUGGUAUCGGCCAACUACAGGCAGAUCUUCAUGUCAACACUCAGCUACUUCUGUCUGCCUUGGAGGAGGAAGAGGAAGCGGCCUGCCCUCGCCAGGCAUUUCAACAGCAUCACAAGCAAUCAAACCUUCUCCAGCAACAUCAUUAAGGAAACAAUGUACUAGCCCAGCUGUUAUGUCUCAGUGGCUCUAAGGCACUAAUAGGGGUUUUGUCAGGGGCUAAGUAUUUUGUUGGUGUUUUUUAUUGACUUCAGAUGUGUCUAUGGUCAUUAUUGUAUGCGUGUUUAUCUAUCGUACCUGCUUAAUGUACUAUUAUGCAAGUUCUGUAUGGUUCUGUGUUGCAGUUUCUGCUUCAAAGAUUGCUCAUGCUUCUGAAAAGACUCCUAAACCCUCAUUAGUUGGGAAGGGAGCACGGGUACGGCCUCCAUGCACAUCCUAAUGUCUUUUCAGAAGUAAUGUUUGAUAUUAAACAGGCAAGACAUAGGAGAAUAUGGGUGAAGUGUCUUUUGCUAGGACUUGGUCUUCAAGGACAAGGCUAGUGAAGCUCUGUGUCCCCAAACAAGGUGUUAAUGACUGGAUAUUUUCCAUAGUGUGUAAAUACAAUAAUAUGACACAGUGCAUUGUAAAUAGCAUGCUAUUUGUAUCACAAUAGUAGUUUCAUUUUCUUGUAAAGUUUUGUAUAAUAGCCGUGCACUAAUACUGUCCAAAUUCAUUAGGGUCCAGAAAUGUGGAUACUUGAACAGUAGGCUGUAAUUAUUUAAUGCAUGCACAUUGUAAAUACCCAUCAUAUUUGCCACCAUGAAUCUUAUGGUUUUUAUGUUAAAUCAAGGCAUCAGUUCUGCAGUCUAAGUAUUAUGUAUUUGUCUAAAACAAGAACUCAGUCAGCAUGUUUGAGGUUUUUUUUUCUAUACUUUGCUUACUGUCCUGAA